GGGGCACCACCGUCCUCUGUGUGGUGUGUGAGAGAGGGAGAUAUGCGCAUGCGCAAAACUGCUCUCUCAAUCCUCUGCUGAGCAUUCGCAUUGUGUCUAAACAGCCGGCGCGAGCUAAAAAGAUAUUUUACCAACAGCAGUAAUGUCGGGCAGGUCGGUCCGCGCGGAGACCCGAAGCCGGGCGAAAGAUGACAUCAAGCGGGUUAUGGCCGCUAUUGAGAAAGUACGGAAAUGGGAAAAGAAAUGGGUAACAGUUGGAGACACGUCUCUCAGGAUCUACAAGUGGGUGCCAGUGACAGAACCCAAAUCCGAUGACAAGAGCAAGAGCAAGAAGAAGGGCAAGGAUGACAAGUACGGCUCAGAGCUGACCACCCCAGAGAACAGCUCCUCCCCGGGGAUGAUGGACAUGCAUGAUGACAACAGCAAUCAGAGCUCCAUCGCAGACUCCUCCCCUCUGAAGCAGGAGACCAGUAACACCACAAGUCCCGCCCCCGAAACCGUGGCGACGUCCCAGAGUGACAGCACGGAGGGCAAAAGCGAACAGAGUCCGUCUCCAGCGAAGGACACACCGGUGGCCAAUGGCAAAAGUGAAUUCCCAAAAGAGGGAAAGAGUUCAGGUGAACAGGAGGCUUUCUCAGAUGCUUCUAAAGACCCCAAGGAAUCAGAAGAGGGAGCUCCACCCACCAAGAAGGGAAAGUUGGAGUUCUCCGGCUCCGGCAGUCGAGAGGAAAGCUAACUCUGUCUAUCCUAGCUGUCAUCUCUCCUCCGCUCUGUUGCCUCUCUCUGCCCCUCCCUCCUCCCUCGUUUAUCUCUCGUUCUUCUCUCCUCUCCUACUCCUCCUCUCUAGGUCAAGCCUCAGGCUUUUCUUGUAGGUUCAGCUUUUUUUUGUUAGAAAGGAAAGAAAAACUGUGAGACCCGCUGCUGAUGUUACACACACACACACGCACACACACACACCUACAUGUGCGAGUGCACUGUGGCCAUAGAGUAUGUCCUCUUCUGAUCACGCCCCCCCUCACACACUCGGGAGGGUUCACACUGUUCUCAUCUAGUCCUGCAUCUCUGUCCUGCUGCUGUAGUACACACACACACACACACACACACACACACACACCACACACACACACACCUCAUGCCUGUUGCCUCUGCUCUUAGUCGGAGGUGGUCUGAAUCCAAGGGCAUAUCAUUAUGCUUUGCUAAAGGCCCUGUGUGUACUGUGGGUGUGUGUGUUGGCAAAAUACACUAGGUGACCCGCCUGGAGUCACACAACAAGAGGCCGAUGACGUGUGUUUUUAGGUUUUAUUGUUUUAUAUGCUGAUUUUUAUCUUUUUUAAAAAUUUGUUUGUUUUUUUCUCAAGUGCCCUCUGUUUGUUCUCCAGAUCCAAUCCCCACCAUUACGCAUUCAUUCACUCACCCACCCCUACACAUUACAUGCCCCCCUCACUCUCGGAAGCACCCCAAGAUAACCGCAUAGGUCCCUGCAUUUCUGACAUAACACAUACUACAGAUUCACACACGUAUAACUGCAAUUUUUACUACUAGGACUGCAACUUCAGCCCUUGUGUGUUCAACUUCAGACUACUCUGUUUGAGGUACACACCACCACAAAUGGUUGUCGCAUCACAUUUAAUUAUUUUAAUUUAAUUAACGCUCUAGUUAGUGGUUAAGAAGAUGAAGGUUCAUCACCUGACACUAGGUAUCGGAGUCUGUUACUAAGGUAGCACUGGUGUGGCAGAUGUAGGCUACUGCCAAUAUAAUCAUUGAUGGGUCACUUCAGAGUGGGAGGGGAACUCAGUAUAAACUAAAGUGAUGCAUAGAACCAACUUAAAAUUUUGGUGUGCCAAUCUCUGGGUUAGAAAGUAAAACCUCUGCAGCAAAUUUGAUCCAACCAGUUCUAACUCAGCUGAACCUGAUGAGUUCACAAGACAGAUAGACCUGUUACUAACUCAUUGAAGUUGGCUGUGUUAGAGAGAAACUGUGGCAGGAGUUUUACUUUCUCAACUGGAGUUUUGACACCUGGAAUUUGUUUUAAUGUGGCACAUUUUAAAAAUCUGUUGGUUCUAUUGUUCACUUUUUAACCGUGUGUUCUUGCUUUUUAAAAAGGAGUUAUCUGAAGAAAGGCGUUAUCCGUGUGGGUUGAUGUGCUCGUUAGCAUGAUGGCUGCCAAGCCUGCUGUGGUAGUGGCAUCUAACCAUAGGGAAGUGCUAGCAUGUGCUAGUUUUGUAGCCGUAGAGAAUGAUGUAUUUCAUAGCUUUAGCAAUCCUACUGAAUCUAUGGAAAAGACGGAUGAAAUAGAACAAUCAGUGACACUGUAAAAAAAGAAAAUGGCCUGGGGUCUUGGAGUAUUUCCAUACAGGUAGUUUAGCUUAACCCUUGACGUACGUAGCCUAAGUGGUAAACAUGAGGAAAAAAGGCUGGGCUUGGCAUAGCAAUGCAUUCUUGGCCCUAAAACAGCGACAUAUCUGGACCAAACAUCACUGGAACUAUCCAUGUUGGUACACCCAUGUUUAGACGUCAUAGAUCACAAAUAGUCUAUGCCACCAUUUGAAGUCCAUGAACAGUUAUUCCAAUCCAGCCAGCUGGAAGGCGGGCAAAUAAAAAAAAGAUGUUCACUACCAUAACAAAAGCAAAUCGCCCCCUGUGUAGUGACCAAGCAUUUAGGAUGCAAGUUAAGCAAGCCCCUGUCUCUGGUUUAAUGACUGAACUGGCUUAUUGGAAUACUCCACUAAUCAGACAGUAUCUGUGGCAGAAGGCCUCAGGAGGGUGGGGAAUAAAGUUUAAAGUUAAAGCAUGUCAUUUUUACUGGUACUUUAUUUCCAGAAUGCGUGCUGCCCCAUCACAAAUGUUAUCUUUUUCAUGUAUAUUCACCACCACCAUCAUUUAAAUAUUUAUCAUGACUUAGAAAUGUACUCUUUUCAUACAUGAAAAGGUGGACCUUCUCCAUGUCCACCAUUCUGAAGUACAUCUUUGGCAGCAAACUUAAGGAUCAAAUUUGUGAAUGGGCAGCAUGCAUUUUCAAAUGGCUAAAAUGACAUACUGUUACAGAUCUCAUUAAGAACAGGGCCAGCAGGGCUGGUAGCUCAGACACUAAUGACUAUCCAUAUUAAAAGUAUCUUUACACACCCAGUUCAUGUCUGCUCGCUAAAGUAUGUAAAUAUUUAUACCACAAAUUCACUCUUUUGGUUUGUUUUUUUAAUUUGUUAUUACUCUUGUUUUACCAGAGUCCAGCCAAAACUAUUGCCUUGUGUAAGAUCGGUUGUCUGAACCUGAGGACAUUAGAUUGUUUUAAUCUUGGGACCAUUUUUUUUCUGUUUUUUUUUUCACUCUGCAUUAGUUUAAAAAAAGUCUUGUACAGAGGUUAUGGUUGCGUUUCACUUAUUUAUUCCAUAUGUACUUAUUGGUUUUAUAAAAAAACAAAUAAAAGUGCUUUUCCUUGUAA